AUGAUGAGCAACGAGACUAUCGAUCCACAAGCAAGUGGCCAUUCCCUCUGGGAGGGGGAGUCCAUGCUCCAUCAAAAAAGGUCAACUGCAUCAGAUGAGAGAAAGCUUCGGUACUUUGACGAAAAGAACAUCUUCAGCGUUGUCUUUUUUAUUUGGAUGUACAAAUGGGUUAAGGCGACCGCGGAACGAUAUUUGGAUCCUUAUAUGCUUCAUCCGCUUCCGAUAGGUGACCAGAUUCUCAUAUGGCAGCCAACAUUCUCUAGACACGUUAGCGAUGGCAUCGCCAGUUUGGAGGCUCUCGGAGAAUCCACAAAUGGCAAGAAAUCGGAAAAGUACAUUCUAUGGAGAGCAAUUUGGUUGACUUUUUGGAAGAGGAUCCUCAUUAUUCUUGUGGCAAUCAUCUGUAUGAACGCCAUCGGAAUGGGCGCGGCAAUUUCUCUCCAUUAUUUGCUUGAUCUUUUUUCAGGUGGAGAAUUUGAACUCUCAACGUUCGGGGGAUUGACUGUUUCUAUAAUAUCAAUUGAGCUUUUCAAGGAGAUUUGUAUGGACCACAUAGACUAUCAUGUACGGAGGCUAGCGAUUGUCAUUGACUCUUGCCUUCGUGUCACAAUUUUCCAGCAUGGUUUAUGCUACAGAAGAAGUCAAUUUGGAAACUUCCAGUCCAAGGAAGGAGCCUGCAAGAGCAUCAUACACAAUUGCUCUGGAGAAGACAAAUGCACAGACAAUCCACUUCUCUGCCCAGCAAGGCGUUAUAAAAACAAUGAGGUCACACCAAAGAUAUACAGUCUGAUUUUAAAUGACUCAUACUUUAUUCCACUUUUUGUAGAGUGUCUCACAGGCUUGAUUGAUUUUUUGACUGCAUUCACAUACGGACUCAUUUUGAUCAGCCAGCAGUUUCACAUGAAGGCACUCACUAUCCUCAUAAUUUCACUCUCUCUAGUGGUAUGUAUGGUUAUAGUAGAACUUGUAAAUGGCCUUUUAAUGAAGGGAUAUUUGGGCAUUAGGGAUCACAGAAUCACAAAAUCAUUUGAAGUGGUUUCUAGUUUGCCCCUGAUUAAUAAGAUGUUUCUUGAUGAUGUUUCUCACAACACAGUUACAGAGGCUAGGAAUGAUGAAUUGCGCUUCAUUGUUAUUCGUUUCUUCCUCUCGAUCCUGAACAAGGUUAUAAUUACCUCUAUUAUUUGUGUGGACAUUAUUUUUCUAAUUAAAGAUUUCGUUCAAGGUAUGAGUACAUGUCCAAGUGUUGAUAAACUGGAUCCUUCUGGACUGCUUGCAUCAAUUUUCGUCCUUUUGAAGAUACUAGGCCCCUUAUACCUGAUACCUCUAAAGCUAAGGCUACUUAUAUUCUCUCUUACAUCAUUAAAGAGGGUAGAAGCCUUCCUUAGAACUUGUUCACCAAACUUUUAUCUUCCGGAUAACAAGUUUACUGGGGAUAUUCCUCUGCCAGAGGUUAAUCCAGGCAAGGAUAAGACGUUACCAAAGGGUCUAGUUGUAAUGUUCAAGAAGGCCUCCUUUGCAUGGAUCAACAGUAGAAAGGAUCUUCUAGACAACACGGGUACUACUUGUCUUAGGAACCUUGACUUUGUCCUCAACUCUGGUGACCUUGCCAUCAUUACCGGUGCUCAAGGUUCUGGAAAGACCAACUUUGUCAAGGCUAUUCUUGGUGACAUGACUCUUGUUGAAGGAUCAAUGGCUGUGUUGCCUCUAUCUACCAACAUGCCAAUAUUCUAUGCCUCUCAGGAUGUAUGGCUACAAAAGGGUACCAUCAGAUCUAACAUUACAUUUGGUCACAGAUUUGAUGAGGAGCUUUACAAGACAGUCAUAAAAGCAGUUGAACUUGAGCAUGACAUAUCCACUUGGGAAGGAGGUGACCUGCGUAAGAUUUCUGAACAUGGUUACUCUCUCAGUGGAGGUCAGAGAGUAAGAGUUGGACUUGCCCGUGCCAUUUACGCCUACCUCAUCUUCAGUACGACUAAUAGGGAAGAUAACAAUUCAAAGUGUUCAUUCUUGGUAGUCCUUGAUGACUCAUUUACUGGCCUUGACCCAUUUGUAGCCAAGACUAUCUUUAGGAAUCUCUUUAAUGCUCAUGACGGAUUAUUGAAAAAUAAUGAUGUGGCCACAGUACUGACUAUCUCAAGGAAUAUGUUGGAUGUUUGUGUAUCAUCCGAGUCAUCGGAGUCUUUCCCAGAUGCUCCGAUAUAUUUUCUGGAGAACAAGGGUCUUGUGCAGAGCAAUAAGCUUAAAUCCCUAAUAGAGCACGAAGUUGGCCAUAUUGAUAUUUCUCUUUUAUCUAAUACUAGGGCCUUACUUCCAUUUAUGUCCAACGAGGUUCGUAAGUUGUGUAGUUCGGAUGAUUAUACUCGUGAUGGACGAAGGAGGUCAACGGAAUCUAGAUACUCUGAUUCGCCAACAGUUGAUGACUUGUAUGCUAGAAUAAACCUUAAAAGCGAUGAAAGGAAGGGAUUCAAGCCAUAUAGGGUAUAUCUUCGUGCAGCAGGCUGGCCCAUUUUGUUAUUUCUUCUAAUCACCAUCAUUUUUUCAACAUUGGACAACACAAAAUUUAUCAUCACUUCAAAGAUAUCCGAUAUAAUUGUUGACUACAAAAAAACAAAUGGCGGUAAUGAUGAUUUUGCGUUUUCUGAUCUUGAAGACUAUUGCAUUAGUGCCAUGAAAUGGAUCAUUAUUCUUUCAGCAUCCGUUAUGGCUGGAACCCUCCUUCGUGCAAUUCUUAUGACAAUGGCAUCUUUUAAUGUUUCACGAAAAAUUCACGAAUAUUGUGUUAACUCAGUUUUUGUAAAUAGCUCGGUUGUUGUAAAGAUAAAAAGAUCAAUAGGUGGUAUUAUCACAUUUUUGUCCAUUGAUACUUUCCUUAUUGACAACUUUCUGAGCUGCUUUAUACACGACACGUCUGUACUUUCGAUAGAAAUGAUUGUACAUUUAAUUACACUACUCUUUUUGGUACCAUGGGCUACUCCACUUGCUGUAUUACUUGGUUUGAUCAUUCUUCGGUUCAUCGUAUACUACUACAUAAAAUCCUGUAGAAAUGUUUUCCAUGCACGUUUGGAGACAUUUAAUCAAAUAAAUACGACUAUUGAAACAGCUAUAUCGGGAUCAUCUGUGUUUCGUAGUUUCAAGAAGGAGUGGGAAUUGGCAAAUACUAUGGUUGAACAUGUGGACUAUAAUCUUCGUUGUGAUUAUUUGACAUACUCUGGCAUGACUUGGAGUUCUAUUUCAUCCAGAUGUUUGUUUUCUCCAUUGGCCAUAUUUAUUCUUGUCUUCCCUCUUGUUAUCUCACGGUACUAUGGAACAGAAGUACAAGUUGGAUAUUAUGCUAUGGCAUACUCAAUAUUUUUAAGUUUCAGUGGCGCAUUUGCCAAUUUUAUAAAAAUUUACUGUCUCCUCGAGUUUUGUUUGGUUCCGAUGAGGAGAUUUGAGAAUUUUGUCCCUCCGGAUACUAGGGUAAAGUUUCAAAAGAAGAGGAACAUUCACCAGACGGAUUUUGUUGUAGAUCGGUCCGAAGAAUUUGAAAAUAUAUUUAAUUAUGAUAUAAAGGGAAAACUCCGCGUAAGGCGUAGUAAAGAGUAUUUAUUGAGGAGGAAGAGUCCCAUGGGCCUCAAGAUGCUUUUCCAUAACCAUAAGGUUAAUAUAUUUGAUGUGUCCCAGUACACUACCCCGGGACACAACAGGAUAAAGUUGGAUAAUGUAAGUGUUUAUACACAUUCUCGCAAGGAUGGAACGCAAUUCCCUAUUUUAAAGAAUGUCACAUGCUCGGCUGAUGCCUCGGACAUUAUUGGUAUCAUCGGCAGAACUGGUGCAGGAAAGUCUACCCUAUUGUCAGUGCUCCAGAACCUGGCGGAGAAUAGAGAUGGUUCUGUUCUCCUAGACGGUUGUGAUUUGAAUGAUAUGCCAAAGAGCAUGACUAGACAGAUCAUUGGAGUACUACCUCAACUACCAUUUGUAUUCAGAGGAUGGACUGUUCGCAGAUUUGUUGACCCAAGAAUGUUAUUUGAUGAUAUCGAUAUUGAAAUGGCUUUGGAAAAUUGUGGCUUGCUAAAGUUUGUCGAGAAUCUUCCAGGUGACAGGGGUCUCGAUACAGUCAUUUUGCCUGACCACUACCACAAGGAUAUGCCAAAAUACUGCAAGAGAGUGUACUAUGGGCCUAGUUUAAGACCGCAUAGAUCGUCUUCAGAUAGUGUUAACAUUGACCAUGGAGCAGUCCUGUCAAACUCGCAGUUGCGUAUGCUAUCAGUGGCAAGACUAGUACUGUACAGAGAAUUUUACAAGAUACUCCUGAUAGAUGAACCUCCAGAGGACGAGGUCGGAACAUUCAAGACGGUUGAUAUUCCAAUUUAUGAAAUUCUAAGGGCGCACUUCCAACACUGCGCAACCUUCAUUGCGGCUCAUGAUGCAAGUGUGCUACGUCCCUGCACCUCAGUUUGGGUUCUUCACAAGGGUUCCCUGAUUAGAACAUGCAAAGCCGAGGACACAGCCGACAGUGAUUCACUGUCAAAGAUUAUAGAGGAUUGUAUUUUACACAACACACUUCACGCAGUCUAA